GAUGAGUUCGUGCGUCGCGCGUUGCGUCCUGCGGCCGUCCGCGAUCGUGAACUUGAUAUUCGCAGGCGGCAGCGCGGCAACGCAAUGGCGGCGUCGCUCAGUGGCUGACGCGCGUUGCUCGCGAUCGGACCGGCGGACCAAAGGCGUCGCGACGCUCCGAAAAGCGCGCGCUUUCGCAGGCUUACGUGCUGAUAUAACAAUUAUUAUUGUUUCUGUUUUAGUAUAAUUGUCGUAAUGAACUUGGUUUAGUGCAAAUGACGCUUGAGAGGGUAAAGUUUUGGAUUAAGAUGAGUGUGGAUGAGCUGACGCUGAAUAUAUUUCGUUUGAAGAAGGAACAUUUGGAUUGUUUACCUUUGCUUGCUGUGCGCUGCAUUUAUUUCCGUGAAUUUGGACUAUUAAAUGCAACCAAAGUUUUAAAACAAGAGGCCAGGGUGUGCAUCAGUAGGGUGCACAAAUUCCGCUUCAAAGGGAUUUUUGCUGAAACGGUUCCCAAAUGAUCCCCAUUGGAGAAAGAAGUGGACAGCAAAGAUGAAAAAGAGAAAAUAGUUACUAACAGAUUCCUUAUCUUUGUGUGGUGUAAGACAAGCCAGUAUAGCUUCGCAUUUUGAAUAAUAUGCCUAUUUUGUAUAAAAUUAAAGACGAAAUACGAUAUACUAUUGAAUUGAUAAAUGUUAUUAAAUCAGAAUCACUACCUACAUCGUUUCUCAAAUUUUCUAUGAUUUUGUUUUCGAUUCAUUUUCCAGAAAUGAGGGCAAAAGUGAGAGAACAUAGGAAAUUGUCAGUGUAUGAUGUAUCCUUUAAUACAAUGUUACGGCCAGUUCUUUCCAGGUAAAACUUAAGUGAUGAGACAAUUAUGUCAGAAUCUUCUGUGAUAUGGAAAGCGUGUUUAGAAAAUACUUUGAAAUAGUUUGUUCUCAAAAUAUUAAUAUGAAAGAUUUUUUCGUUAAUAAAAUAAAAGAAAUACUAGAUAAUAUAUUAACUUGUCAUAAUGUUAACCAAAAAUUGUUAGUAGAUGGUAGGUAGUUUUUAGGCUCAAACUAGUUAGUAAGAAAAAAGUUAAUUUACUCAAUAAAUAUGCAAGACAGUAAGAUAAAAGCUAUUUAAAUAUAUUCUGUAUCCUUACUUAAGAAUAAAGUCUUAAUUGCUGGUUGAGCAUCUUUACUAG